CCUGCGGGGAGGCGGCGGCCGAGGCGACCCCGGGCGGGACGAGGAGGAGCAGGAGGAGGAGGAGGAGGAGGAGAAGAAGGAGCCGCGGGCCCGUGGCUCGGUCGCCGCGCUGCCGGGAGCGGAGGGUGGCCGCGCCGCGCCCCGCCAUGCCGCUCUUCGCCACCAACCCCUUCGACCAGGAUGUGGAGAAAGCAACCAGUGAGAUGAACACUGCGGAGGACUGGGGCCUCAUUUUAGACAUUUGUGAUAAAGUUGGACAGUCACGCACAGGGCCUAAGGAUUGUCUCCGUUCUAUUAUGAAGAGAGUCAACCAUAAAGAUCCCCAUGUUGCUAUGCAGGCUUUAACACUUCUAGGAGCAUGUGUAUCAAACUGUGGUAAAAUCUUUCAUUUAGAAGUCUGUUCAAGAGAUUUUGCCAGUGAAGUAAGCAAUGUGUUGAAUAAGGGUCAUCCAAAAGUUUGUGAAAAGCUGAAAGCCCUUAUGGUGGAGUGGACUGAUGAAUUCAAGAAUGAUCCCCAGCUUAGUUUAAUAUCUGCUAUGAUAAAAAAUCUUAAAGAGCAAGGAGUUACCUUCCCAGCUAUUGGUUCACAGGCUGCUGAACAGGCAAAAGCAAGUCCAGCACUAGUUGCCAAAGAUCCUGGUGCAGUAGCUAACAAAAAGGAAGAGGAGGAUUUAGCUAAAGCUAUUGAACUGUCACUAAAAGAACAAAGGCAACAGCAAACAACACUUUCCAGCUUGUAUCCAAGCACCUCAAGUCUUUUAACAAAUCACAAACAUGAGGGCCGAAAGGUUCGUGCAAUCUAUGAUUUUGAGGCUGCUGAAGACAACGAAUUAACCUUUAAAGCUGGAGAACUUAUAACUAUCCUCGAUGACAGUGAUCCAAAUUGGUGGAAGGGUGAAACUCAUCAGGGUAUAGGAUUGUUUCCAUCUAAUUUUGUAACAGCUGAUCUUUCUGCUGAGCCAGAAAUGAUGAAAACCGAGAAGAAAACAGUGCAGUUCAGUGAUGAAGUUCAAGUAGAGACAAUAGAACCUGAGCCUGAACCAGUUUAUAUUGAUGAAGAUAAAAUGGACCAACUCCUGCAGAUGUUACAAAGUGCAGAUCCAUCUGAUGACCAACCUGAUCUCCCAGAAUUGCUUCAUCUUGAGGCAAUGUGCCACCAGAUGGGACCUCUCAUAGAUGAAAAGUUGGAAGAUAUAGACAGGAAACACUCAGAACUCUCAGAGCUCAAUGUUAAAGCAAUGGAGGCUCUUUCUUUGUAUAACAAGUUGAUGAAUGAGGACCCGAUGUAUUCGAUGUAUGCAAAGCUACAAAACCAACAGUAUUACAUGCCGUCAUCUGGCGUUUCUGGUUCUCAGGUUUAUCCAGGGCAACCUCAAGGUAAUGCAUAUUUGGUGGCAGGCAGUGCACAGAUGGGCCAUAUUCAAGGCUAUAAUCUUCCUCCUGAACAGCUCUCCUCUCUCAGCCAAGGCACAGUUACUCCAUCUGCCAGCUCGGUACUUCCUGGCCAGCCUGCACAAACGUCUUACACAAAUGCAAUGGUUGGCUCUGUUGCUGGAAACACUUACUCUAACCAAGCUUCAGUGUACAGUCCACCACCUGCUACUGUUGAUGUUGCUGCUUAUCAGAAUGCUGGAACUAAUAUGUCCCAGGUGCCAAACUAUAACUUAGCUUCAACGUCUCUGCCACAGACAACAGGCAGUCAACAAGCACCUCCACAACAGCCACAGCCUCCUCCACCUCAACAGCCACAGCAUACUUAUUCACAGAAGGCUCUGCUAUAGGAUCCAGAACUUCGGAUUCCUCAUCUUCUUUGACCUCUGCUAAAGGCAGUUGACAGUGCUUUGAGUUUCUUCCUUUAAUCUCUUAAACUUUGUUUAUCCCCCGCUUAAUAAGAAUCUAUCUUGGUGAACAAGUUCAAUUUGCACUGACUUUUUAGGAUUUUUUUUUUUUUUUUAAUUUUGCAGAGGAACGGAUAUAUUUAGGACAUACAAUUCCUUUUAAAAUGCCUAAAAAUUGGUACAAGAUUAUUUAUGUCUGGUAAAAUUGGCUAGUCUGUUAAAGCUCAACACUUGCAAACUGUUGUGGCAUAUGUGUUAUGUACAUAUAGCGUGUGAUUGCAGUAGUGGCCAUUUCGUAUAGCUAUGGUGAUCAUGUGAAUAUAUUUAACACAAUGUUAAAAAUAAUUUACAUUACUAUUUUAUUUUAAUCAUGAACUGACAACCAUGUUUCAUAGUUUUAUCUAGUUUUAUGACAGAUGUGAUGUCUUUUUCCAAUGCAGGGAAAAAUGGUAAUUCUGCGUAUCAUAGUUACACUCACAAGCUAAGGUCUAUAUAUGAAUUUCCAAACUUACUGGGUCUAGGUUUCAUUAUUUUUUGAAAUGAACACAAAUGUGUCAUGACUAUUAGAUGGCUUUAUCUACCAAAGUUAACUAGUUAACUAGUAAGUGAUCUGGGAGGAUAACAGCAAAUUAUGAUUCUGCUUCACAUACAACUAAAACUACUAUUCGGAAGCUGCUAAACGUAUCAUGGGACCACACAACAGAUCAGGAUUUUGCAUUUUAUCAUGAGAAGCACAUAAUUUAUUUUUUCCGGGUUGUUUUUUUUUACAAUGAGAACAAGAACUGUAUUCUAUAUGUGUUGGUAGAGAGUACACCAAAGACAGAGAAAUUGAGAUGGAGGAGAAAUGACGGAGUUGUAAACUGGAACACACAACAUGAAUAACGCUACUUUAUUCAAGUCUUCUUAGUUAGAGAAUUAAUGGAGAAUGAUGGACAUUUAAAUCUCUUUGCUGAACAAACUUUCAGGGCUUUAUUUUUAUCUCUUGUGGCCUUGCUUAGCAAUUUGUUCUGUUUACUGUUCUAACACAAACACUUCUGCCUUAAACAUCUGUUAAUUUUUCAAUUUCCAGUUGUUCUACCACUUCAGUUUAUUUAGCAGUAUAAAUAGUUUUACGAGGCCUCUUAAUUUCACUGACUUUCAGAUUACUUUGAACUUUCUUUUGCAGCAACAUGCAUUAGCCUGUUUUAACCCUUGCAUUUCCUUGAAACUGAGCCAGGUGGCUCUUUAAGCAUGAUAUUUUCUUUCUACAGCCAAGGUUCUGCAAAAGGAUUAUGGUUAUGGAAGGCAGAAUUCUGAUAUGCCUGAUCAGAGUUUCUUGUACAAAGACUGGUGUUACUGCGCAUUUGUAUUCAAUCUACUAAUGCAUCCCGAUUUCCUCUACCUUUUCUGGUGACUCUAAUUCCGAUUAGAGCAAAAGAACUUGUGGCUUCAACAUCAAAGCUGUUUUCUCAGUCUUGUUAGUGUGUAUGCCAGAAAUUGUUCGCUUUUGUGUACUGUAUUUUAGUGUGAUGCUUCUGGAAUUAAAUGUUGCACUUGUAAUUAUACUGUAAGUUAACCUCAGUUACCCCGCAUACUCCUGCUUUGUCUGCCUACAAGCAGUUACCUAACAAGCCUUUGUUUCACUAUUUUAAGACAGUGGUGUGUUCUGCCUGAUAAUGUUUUCAGAUGACUAAUUUGCAUAACUUUGUAGCCAGGGUGGUUACAAACCAUGCCCAUACCUGGUGUUUCCCAGUUGGUGAUGUUCUAGCCAGGACAACUGAUUGUUUUGAUUAUUGGUAUUUUCUUUUCCUUUUUGUCUUCCUUUCUUCUUUUUCCAGAAUUCUUAAGCACACUCACAAACUGUCAGUACAUCAGUACUUGGUGUUAUCACGAGAGUCUGUGGAAUUGGAAAGGAAAUGCUACCAAAAAAAAACAAUCUAAGCCAUUCUGUCAUAGAUCAUUUUUAAUAGAUCAAAAAGAUCAAAGAGGUGGUUUUCUGUAGAAAGGGGGUGCAAGUAUCAUUUAGAUAGUGUCUUCUGUAUGCUUUAGGUAUUCCAAAAGCAGAGAAACAGCGUAUAGAAGUGUAUAAUUUCUACACAAAAAUGAAAAUAACUGCUCCAUACUUCUUACUUCCUGAUGCAAGGAGGAGCCUGAAGCAUCAAAGUAGUCCAGCUGAAUUUGAUGAUUUGUAUUAGCUUUUCACAUGUUGCAUAAUGUACAGAAAUGGCUCAGCAAAAAUGCUUUGUAUUGCUAAUUUGUCAUUCUUUUUAAAAUUUUUCAAGUCUUCGUACCUUAACACAGAAAUGCCUGUUCCUGUUUUCUUCUUUGAGCACUGAAAACCUGUAUGUAUCUUCAUCUUUUCUGUCUUCUAACUUACUGGUUUGGGCUGUUUAUCAAUUUUUUUAAAGAAAUUAAAAUCACUUUUUAAUUGUGUUCAUCAUGACCAAAAACCACUUGAAAAUGCAAUGCCAUCUAAAUUCAGUAUAAUCUCUCUCUCUCUCUCUCUCUCUCUCUCUCUACAUAUAUAUAUAUAUUUUUUUUUUCUUCAUGCCUUUAUUAGAGUCACUGCUCUAAAAUAUCUUCUGGAACAAAUCUGUGAAUUUUAGGUGACUAUAAGUUGACUAUAAGGUGACUAUAAUAAGUUUUCUUUGUCCACAAUUGGUGUAGUAGAUCACUAGAUUUUUUGAGUCAGUCUUAGCAUUUCCAUUGCAUCCUACAUUUUUUUCAUUUCAGAUGCAGUCUUCAGAUUAAAUUGUAUUUGGAGCUAUAUUACUUCAUGUAGUUUUUUUUCCAUUUAGCAGGAAGACUAUUUUGCCUGCUCACUUAGUUGUGUCCUUCACUCUAGUGUUCUUCAGUGAUGCCUCCUCCUACUUCACUAGCUGCUGUCUUUGCAUUCAUUCCUUCACUCAUCCUCUCAUAUCCUCUCUAACUGAUAAUUCAGCAAUUUCAGUUCACCUUUCUGAUGAUAAAGUAUCAUCUACAUGGAGGCGUAGCACCUUGCUGGUGCUUCUCUGCUGUGAUUUGUUCUGAAUUUCCUUGUUUAUGCAUUGUUUUGACCAAGUUGAUGUCUGUUCUGUCUCAGUAUGGUAUUGAACACUGGGUAUGGGUGAGGGAGGGAAAGUACAUGUACGGCUACUGUAUGGAAAAGCUUCUUAGCAAAGAAGUGAAGUGUCAAGAAGUUAAUCUGAAAGUUAAGAAUCCCAGGAAAAGACAUGCCAUUCGUGUUCCAAUAGAACUAAUUUUUUAAUGUCUUGUUUCUUCGCAUGUAAACUGCCAAUGAAAGGCUGAAAUAUUUUUAUGAUAUUUUGUAUAACCCUUGGUUGUUUAACCCUUUCAUUAAGGAAUACAAAAACAUUAACUUAAGGAGGGAUAUCUUCAUAGCUUGUGUUUCGUCAACAGGAGCAAACUCUGGAAAGUGCCUUCUGCACAUUUCACAUCUAUAAACAAAGUUUGGUUAACAACGUGUAUCAUCUCAGUUUUUGUGGACAUAACAAAGGUGUAAAGAUUUGCUGUAAAGCAUCCCAGGAAAAAUACUCAGGCAGCGUGUUUAAAAUUUGGUAUGCUAUACUGAUGUCAUGGCAGUAUGUUCAAGUGUGCAGUUGCAGUUACAACGUAUUUACCCACCUGUGCUUAAUAACUUACCCAUGCAGAUGUGUAUUUAAUGUCACCAGGCGGGUCUGCAUACAGCAGUAAAACAACAGUGAAAAGAACAGAGCAGAAGAAGUACUGCAUGCUUCUCAACAGGCGUGGAGCAGCAUAUUGAUGGCCCUCAUGGUACCAUGACUCUUCAUACGUUUUGAGGGGGGAACUAGAAUGAAUUUGCAUAACCAGAGCUUCCUAUCAGAUUCAAUUCCUGUCAGAUUGCAAAUGGUUAGAUGCAACAAAGGAGAUAAAUCUGCUUUUAAUAGCAUGUACAUAUUUUUCCAAUCAAAUCUAGGCUGCUAUUGUAGUUCUCUCUGAUUUCAUCUAGAUGGCAGGAACAUCAGAUUUACACUGGAGAACUGCUUAAUACCUCAUUUUUUUUUUCUUUUUAGUAUUUUCUAAUAUCACUUUUUUUUUUUUUUUUUUUUUUUAAAUCUAAUUUCAAAGAUUUCUGUGCUGUCUUCGCUUUUAAAGGUCAUACUUUAUUCCUUGUCUGCUGGGUUUCACAGACAGAAUGGAAGAGAAUGUCUCUAAUUGCAGUGGCUACCAUGGCACUUUGAAUUACAUUACUGCAGUUUCCUUUGGAGAUCGUGCAUCUGUUUUGAAGAACAAGGGAGCGUGAUUUUUCCAUUUAAAAAUCAGGAGUUGUGUUUGUUUGUUUGUUUGUUUGUUUUUAAAUCAACAUAAAAUCUACAAAAAUCUCCACUGCUAACAGCAGGCAGAAUCAUUUUUUACUCUGUUAUUCAAUUUUAGUAAAGCUGACCAUCUUCACACUACAGAUCCUCCUUUUUCAGUUCUGGCUGUGGUGAAGAAUAUUUACUUUAAUACUAUCAAACAGCAUAGUAAAACCGUGGAAGGCCUUGAAGUUUGAAGUUUUUGCUUCAAUAAAAAACACUAAGGUUUUUUUGCAGCCUUGUUUCUUAAAUUACGAUGUUUGUAAUUAAAAACAUUCCAUUUGCUAUUAUGUAUAAUUGCAGAUCUCAUUCAAUUUUCAUGCUGCCACCUUAGCAAAAAGGUGGUAAGAGUUUUUGUUCUUCUCCCUUGCAUGUGCUUCUGGAAAUCCAAAUAAUUUCUUUCUUUGUCACAAAAAAGAAAAGAAGCCUGCUGCAGUCUGUUCUGGUUGUAAUGAAGUGUACACAGUAGCAAAGUGCAUUUUUGGUUUUGUUUGGUUUGAUGCUCCCUUUGAUGUUGGCAUAUGUAUAUAUUUAGAUAUACUGCACUGUUGUACAAGAAUUGUUUUAGUAAAUAACACUAUUUGUAAAAACUGUUGAUUGUUUUUGGUAUGAAUGCAAAAUAUUAAAGUUGGAGUAUUUACUUCA